UUGGACCACACUGGCCGAUACCGCUUAAUUAUCGUCAAAGACCCAGUGUCCAGAACACCUGCCUUAGUUUUUGAACAUGUGAACAACACAGACUUUAAGCAACUGUAUCAGACACUGACAGACUAUGACAUUCGCUUCUACAUGUAUGAGAUUCUGAAGGCUUUGGAUUUCUGUCACAGUAUGGGUAUUAUGCACAGAGAUGUCAAACCACACAACAUCAUGACUGAUCAUGAGCACAGAAAGUUGCGUCUCAUUGACUGGGGACUGGCUGAAUUCUAUCACCCAGGACAGGAGUACAACAUCAGAGUCGCCUCUCGCUACUUUAAAGGACCAGAACUACUGAUAGAUUACCAGAUGUAUGACUACAGUCUUGGUUGUAUGCUGGCCAGUAUGAUCUUUAGGAAGGAGCCAUUCUUCCAUGGACGUGAUAACUAUGACCAGGUGAAUAUCAUCAGGAACUUGAUAAAUGGAUAG